GUGACUAACACGGAAGUGAAAGGUGUGUGCACAAUAACAGGCGUUAAGUAUUAGCUCCUGUAUUACUAUUGUUUUGUUUUCUUUUUUCAGGUUUGCUAAAUGCAAGAAAGAAAGAAAGAAAGAUAGAUAGAUCUCUCAAUCUGUGUAGGUUCCCUAACAAGCUUGCUUACAGUUUUUUUGGUGACAGGCUAAAGCAACAUGCUAAAGGAGCUGCUUUAAACUUAUUCAAACUCCACAAUGUCGCUUGUUCCAGCUAAUCAGCCGCAGCUGAUCCGCUCCUCACAGAAGGACGAAUUUUAUCAAACUAGUCUGAGAAAUAACACCAACGACGCUUUCCAGACUCUUGCUGGAUCAAGACGAUGGCUGCAGUGGAGGAAAGAACUAGAAGUCCUAUCAGAUCUUGCCUAUUAUUCACUAACCACUCUGUCAGGAUAUCAGACAUUAGGUGAAGAGUACGUCAACAUUAUCCAGGUCGAUCCAACCAGACGCAGGAUUCCUUCACAGACACGCAGGCUGGCUCUCAUUCUGCUCCACACCUUCGUACCGUACUUCCUGGACAAACUUCUGGUCUGUAUAGAACAUGAGCUGGAGGUGGAGGAUUGGGAUUCCCAGAAUGCACAGCGAGACACGGUAUUAACCUGGAGCCCAAUGUCAUAUAUAAAGGCAUGGAUUCAGAGGGCAGUGAGAAUGCUGAAUAGUCAGCAGAGGAAAUCUUUAAAGCCUGUGGUCAUCGCAGUGCAGCAGGGGAUCACCAUCUUGCACAGGGUGCAUGUGGCUCUGUUCUACAUCAGUGGUGCAUUUUAUCACCUGGCCAAAAGGACAUCAGGCAUCAGCUAUCUCAGAGUGCAGCGAAUGGCCGUGGAUGAUAAAGGCAUCCGGACCAGCUACCGGCUUUUAGGGUGUGUGUCACUGUUGCAGCUGGCCAUCACACUUGCUCUGCAGUUUAACAGCCUGAGACAGAGGCAACGUGCCAGACACGAGUGGACACGGCACAGAAAUCUGCCCUCGAGUCCGCAGGAGACAUCGUCCUCUCGAUCUUCUCGCUGUAUUUUGUGCUUGGAGGAGAGGAGACACUCCACAACAACCCCCUGUGGCCAUCUGUUCUGCUGGGAGUGUAUCACAGAGUGGUGCAACACCAAGUCGGAGUGUCCGCUGUGCCGAGAGAAAUUUCAGCCUCAUCGCCUGGUUUUUCUGAGAAGAUACAGAUAGAUGACCGAAUAUUUCAACACAACAUGAACUCAGUCUUCAUUCCUGUGCUGCUUUUAAAUAAAAACCUUCAUGACCAACCGAUCUGUCGCGGUGCUACGACAUGCAUCGAUAUUUAACCAGAUCACACAAGACCCAUAUAGCUGAAGUGGAUUCCUAUGUGCCCAGUCUUGUGAUUGGUUCGUUUUGAUUCCUGACUAAUCUUUUAAUUAGCUAGCUACACGUAAAUAAAACAACUAGCUAUAGAUGUAUAAAUGUAAUCAAAGAAUAAGCACAAAAUAAUUUAUUGCUCAUUUUUACAUUUUGAAACAGCUUCGUCGGUCUGUUUUUCUUCUUCUGUAGUAGUUAAUGAUACUGUUUUAUUGUGUUCAUGCAGUAAAUGGAAAAUUGUUUGUCCUCAUUUGAAUUAUAAUCUCUUUGCUUUUUAAAGUAACUCCCUACGUUACUUAUCCUUCCUGUAAUAGCACAUUCGCCCAAGUGUGAUGUAGAAUAUAGUGGGAAGAGACUAAAAGACAGCAUUUAAAAAUUCAGUCCAUUUAUUUUGUGGCUAUCAAGUAAUCAGUAAUUGAGCAUAUUACGCUGGAUAGACCUCUUAACUCUGUUUUUCAGGUGGAUGACGUCCGUGACCAAACUGGAUGCAAUUUGUUUUAUUGAACAUUAAGCCACUAGUGUUUCCCAGAGGUGAUUUUUCACAUUUAAUGAGUCUAAUGAUUACUGUAAUGUAAAAUAAAUGGUCUGAAGCGCACGCCGUUUGAGCCUGUAAGUGUCUUCUACACGUCUAGUUUUAAUAUCGUCACCUCUUGAAGAUCAUUGAACUUUGUAAAUGAGACAUUUCCUCAAUAGAACGUUUGCCUUGUCACGGCACCUUCGGGCAGUGAAAGACAGAUCGUUUAGAGUGAUAUUCAGAGUAGAUGACCGGCGGUCUGUAUAUGGUGUUGAAAAAAGUUAGAGAAAGACUCACAGACCUUUUAGAUGGAAUACGCAAAGGCAUAUUUUAAUACAGGAACUCACUUGAGGGAAUCGUUUUCACUUCACUUCACUGAGCACCAUUUUAAAUCUGUCCCGAAGGAAGCAUUAGGUUUUAAACACCUUGAGAGAUUUAUAGACAAGUUAUUUUCACCAUAUGGCCUCAGAUCCUAGUGUUGCUUAUUAUUAUCUAAGGUCUAUUGCUGAGGAUAGACCAGUCUUCUAUUUUUAUGCAGAGAGGUUGUCCAAGGUUAACAGAUUGCUGCUAAAAGAAAAGCAGAAGUAGAAACCACACCGGACAGUUUGCUAGAAGCAAUCUGGUUGAUUUGUUUGCUUUUAUUUUUGGCUCUCAUGUCUCUGGAGACUUAGAACAAUCCAAAAUUACUAUUUGUCUCUGCUCCAAUUUGAAUUGGACUGAAAGUCAUUUGGUUACGUCACAAAUAGAAACAUGGAGUCCACAUGAGUGGACCAUUCCUCUUGGUGAUCAUUAGAGAAGAUGUGAUGGAAUCUUCUCCAUUUGUUGUUCGGUGCGCUCGACUUGUUCGUUAGCUUGCGGAUCGUAACCUUGCAUACUUGAGAUACGUCUCUUAGGGCCUUUUUACACCUGGUCACUUCAUGUGUUUUCUCUGAUCCGAUAGCUAUCUGAUUUGUUAAAACUGUUCCAUUUACAUUAGGCCACAUAAAUGCGUCUUGGCGAAUCGGAUAUCAAUCCGAUCUUUAUACUCACGCCCAAAAUGCAAAUAUAUUUUACCUCAUUUCCGGGGUAAUUGAAAUGGAACACGCUUUGGUGUAUGCGGUUUUCAGAAUGCAAUCAAAAA